AUGAUCAUCAAAUAAAAUAAGCAGUGCAAUGGAAGACGUAAAGGCAUUCAUGGUUGUUCAUCUUAAGGAGAUAUGUGUGGCUACUGUUAUCGGAAUUACUGUCAUAGCUGUGUAUAGGAGGUGCAAGAAGAAAAUUAAGGAAUCUUAUCCAAGGGACGCCGUAAUUCACCACACGGUACCAAGAGGCCCAUUUGCCCCUAGUCUAACUCCGUUUGCUGUAAAACUGGAGACCUAUUUGAGGAUGGCAAAAAUUCCAUAUCAGAAUGAAUUCGACAGUGCUGUCAACAGAAGUUCCAAAGGAAAGUUGACGUGGAUUGAAUACAAUGGAGAGAAGGUGGCAGAUUCAGAGUUUUGUAUCAAGUUCAUUAAUAAAACACUCAACAUAGAUCUGGACAAAGAAUUCACAGACGAAGAAAAGUCCAUAGCUUAUUCUUUUCAAAAAGUGGCUGAGGAGUAUUUCUUCUGGGCACUAUUUCUACAACGUUUUGUGCACGACGAAGGAGGAGAAUUUUUUAAAUAUGUCAAAAUUCCUUGGAUAUUCAGAAUAAUUGGGAAACGUCGCGCAAUAAAACAAACGCAUGCGCAAGGAAUAGGUCGCCAUUCUCAGGAGGAGGUCCGGACACUCAUUAUUGAAUGUCUUCAGAACUUCUCUUCUUUCUUAGGAAAGAAAAAGUUUUUGCUCGGAGAGAAGGCUUGUCAGGCGGACUGUGCUGCAUUCGGAAUUCUAUCCCAGUGUUACUGGCAUGGAUAUGGACCAUUUAUAGAACAGGAGUUCAAAAAGUUCGAAAAUCUCUGUAAUUACUGUGAGAGGAUGAAGGCAGAAUUCUGGCCAGAUUGGGAUGACUGUAUUACACACGGUGGGACAAAGAAGGCCAUUAAGUGAAGGCGAAAGAUAGAGAUUGAGAGAAAUAGUUUACAUAAUUUUUCUAACCAUGACACAAAAUACACAUAUGAGUCAUUUAUCGUGCACACGGAAUAAUGCACAAUUCCAAUACAGGAGCAAGAGUCUGAACUGUGGUCCUAAGAGUCUUAUAUUUCAAAGGGUCCAAGGAUAGAGAAGAUCUAAAGAAUUCUAAAGAAUGCAGAUUUUUUUCCCCUACGUUACGAGUAGAUGAUUUAUAUCAUUUUUUAAAAAAAUAUAAGUCCAGUGUUUCAAAAAAAAAAAAUGGUAAAAAUUUGCAAAAGUUUACGAAAUUUUUAAAAAUUUUCUAAAUUUAUUCAAUAUUUUCACAAUGUUGUUUUUCAUUGUUUGCCUGUCCACCUUUCCAUAGACAACGAAUAGAGUACUGGAGUAGGAAACUAGGCCUGCUUUUCCAUAUUUCCAUAUGGUUGCAUUGACAAUAUAGACAAUGUGAGAAAUCUUAAAUUUCAAGUUCACAGUGUAACAAUAUGAAUGUGAUGGGACGUUUUAACAAAACGCAGAGACGUACUAAGUCAUGGACAUCGGUCUUACAAUAAGCCUAUUUUUUUCGUGAUAUCUCUUUUGAAUCACUUCUUCCUUAGUAGGUCUGCAUCACAUCUGUCUGUUCCUUAAAGGUUUUUGAACUUAAAUCUCCCAACCUGUACACCUAUAGUCCUAGUGGACACGUCAUUACGAUGUGAAUAUAGUUAACAAUGAGUAUCGACCUUCCUAUAGUGUUUUUAAAAGGGCCAAAUUUUAAGAAACCCCGAUCAUUCAACUGGCGACCAAAUUUCAUAAACAAUAUGAAUUCUGACAAAAAUUAUUACAGGCGAUGCGCUAAACAUGAAAAAAAAGACCUUGACACUUCAACAAAAUCGAGGAAAAUUAAAGUAUUAGGUAAAUGUUGAAGUAUCUAUCGUGUUAAAUGACUGAAGGGCAAUUAAUAUAAAAACCAUCCAUCUUUCUAUCUUCAGUGAUUCAGAUUUCAGAUUUUAUUAAAACCAAGAGACAUACAUCUAUAUAUUAAAUAUAUUAUACAUAUAGUACAGAAUAGAAGAUUUCAU